GAUCCCCCGUGUAAGAGUGAGGUGGAGGAGGACAUUCCAGUCCAUGUGACCACAGAAAAUCCCUGUGAGAAGCCUGAAGGAAACAUCAUGUUAUCUCUAGAUUAUAAAGAAGAUGAAGAUACCAUGCAGCGCUCUUCAGGAGAAAACUUAAUUACCUGUAAUUUACAUCCAGAACUUCACAGUGCAUCAAAUAAUUCCCCCAAGAAUGAGGAACUUUUUAAUGACCAAUCACAGAUUAUUAACCCAAGUCCAAAUCUAUCAUAUAAUCAUCCUAAACAUGAGGAAUCUUCUCCUGACCAAUCACAGAUUAUUACUCCAAAUACAGGGCAGAAACUGGGUAAAAUGUUUAAUUGUGGGGAACGUGAAAAACAGUUCAGAUAUAAGUCAGAGCUUUCUGUAAACAAGACUAGUCACACAGGAGAGAAGCUGUAUUCAUGUUCAGAAUGUGGGAAAUGCUUUACCUUGAAAUCAAGAUUUGAUCAACAUAAAAGAAUUCACACAGGAGAGAAGCCAUAUUUAUGUUCAGAGUGUGGCAAAUGUUUUACAGAUAAAUUCUAUCUGAUUGCACAUCAGAGAAUUCACACAGGAGAGAAGCCAUUUUCAUGUUCAGAAUGCGAGAAAAGCUUUAACAUGAAAUCAAGACUUGUACAACAUAAAAGAAUUCACACAGGAGAGAAGCCAUAUUCAUGUUCAGAAUGUGGAAAAUGCUUUAACCGGAAAUCAAGCCUUGAUCUACAUAAAAAAAUUCACACAGGAGAGAAGCCAUAUUCAUGUUCAGAGUGUGGUAAAUGUUUUAUAGAUAAAUUACGUCUGGUUGCACAUCAGAGAAUUCACACAGGAGAGAAGCCAUAUUCAUGUUCAGAAUGUGGGAAAUGCUUUAAGGUGAAAUCAAAACUUGAUGAACAUAAAAGAAUUCACACAGGAGAGAAGCCCUAUUCAUGUUCAGAGUGUGGGAAAUGCUUUAUCCAGAAAGCAAGCCUUGAUCUACAUAAGAGAAUUCACACAGGAGAGAAGCCAUAUUCAUGUUCAGAAUGUGGGAAAUGCUUUACCCGUAAAUCAAGCUUUGAACUACAUAAAAGAAAUCACACAGGAGAGAAGCCAUAUUCAUGUUUAGAGUGUGGUAAAUGUUUUACAUAUAAGUCAUAUCUGGUUGGACAUCAGAGAACUCACACAGGAGAAAAGCCAUAUUCAUGUUCAGAAUGUGGGAAAUGCUUUAACCAGAAAUCGAGCCUUAAAAUACAUAAAAGAAUUCACACAAAAGAGAAGCCAUAUUCGUGUUCAGAGUGUGGUAAAUGCUUUACCAUUAAAUUAAGGCUUGAUGAACAUUUAAGAUAUCACACAGGAGAGAAGCCAUAUUCAUGUUCAGAAUGCGGAAAAUGCUUUGUCACAAAAUCAAAUUUUAAUCAACAUAAGAAAAUCCACACAGGAGAGAAGACAUGAUGUUUUGUUUAAGAAUGUUUUAUAAAGAAAUUACUCUUUCAAACUUGCAGACGUGUGUGUUCAUUUUACCCCAUUGUGCCAAUAUUUUAUGCAAGUGAGCAACAGAAGUCAUACUUACAAGUCACUGGUGAAAAACUUUUUAGUUUUAUUUUACUUCUUUUUACUUCAUAUCAAUAUAAAAUGGUACAUCAUGAGGGAUGCUGAGACAAACAUCGUUCACACCUCCCCUCCCCGUGACGUUUCGGUAGAACAUGCCUCCUUACUCAUGCGUGCAGGUAGAGGGGGAGGUGGGAUUUUUAUAGCACCAACAGCUGAUACAUAUAUUCAUACCAUAUCAUUUUAUAUAAAAUGCAUAGCCAUAAAUAACCCUAACACAUGAAAGUGAUCAAGCAUAUAAAUGCACUAAAGCUACAAAUUUCAUUUAACCCUUUAGGUAUUAAAGACUGGAGUUUCACUAUCCAAAAGGUCUCCCUUUGUAACAAUCUCCUACUGUUAUCCUCCUCAUGGACUCCUCUUUUUAUCACCUCCUGAAACUGCCACCUGAGAUCUUCUGACACCCGAUGGGCCUGAUCAUAAAACUGUAGUUUCACCUUGUUUUUUCACCUCCACUGUUUCCAUCUUACUCUCCCUUCGGAGUUCCUUCCUAAUUCUGGACGUAUGCUCAUUGAUUUUGAUCCUUAUAGCCCGAGAUGUUUGCCCAACAUAUCUUACCAAAUGGGCAUUUCAAGCAGUAUAUGACAUUACAUGUCUUGCACGUUGCAAAAUCUUUAAUUUGUAUCCUGUCUCCCUGUGUGGGGUGCACUACAGUGUCACCUUUAAUUAUAGCACUACAAUUCCCACAGAAUGCCCCCUUCUCUGAUUUGCAAGGAAACUCUGUCUUUCCAUUUUUUUAGGGCGUAUGUCACUUUUAAUCAGCAUGUUUACAGAGAGGCAAAAAGGGGUUUAUCAACAAACAUUCUCCCAAAUUUUUGAUCAUGUUUUAAUAUCUACCAAUAUUUUAGAAUGACCUUUUUUAUUUGUUUAGAAUGUCGAACAUAUUUGGAAAGAUACACAAAUUGUAAAAAAUGUGAGGGGCGCGGUGGCUGGAAUGAAGCAGCAGGUUAUUUCGAUCUGUGGUCUUUGUGAAUAGUGUGGUCUCAAAUCCUCCCUCUACGUGCCGUAAUUUAACAUCCCAGAAAUGAAUAACAUUUUCAUCAUAACUCAGUGUAAGUUUGAUGGUAUUAUGGCCCUCGUUUAAAUGGUAACAAACUGUAGAAGGGAAGAUUGAUCACCCCUCCACAGCAUGAACACAUCGUCCACAUAGCGAAGCCACCCACACAAAAUACAUGCCAUGUCUCAAAGGCUUCCAUUAAUAUAUUAGCGAAACUCGGAACCAUCUUUCCUUUCUGAGAUGAAAUUUUUUAUUCAGGAUGAGAUUACGUCUCAGAGGGUGAAAUUGUAGAGGACGAUAAAAAGUACUUCUUUUCCUCGGAUGAAAUGGAGAAUUUACUGAAAGCAGUUAGAUCCACUAUGGGCAUAGAGGAUACUCCCAAGCCACGUACGGUUCAGGAUGAAAUGUUCGGGGAUUUACGUAUACCCCAUUAAUGAGAAUUUCAAAGAGAUGAUAAUGGAUGAGUGGAUUGAACCUGAAAAUAGACUAGGGGUGUCCAGAGAAUUCAGGAAUAGAUUCGUUUUUGAUCAAGCUGAAUUAAAAAAAUUUUGAUGAGAUACCGAAAAUUGAUAUUCAGGUGGUCUUACCCUUUGAGGAUUUGUCACAAUUAUGCUAUCCGAUGGAACGCAAAGCGGAUCCUUUAUUAAAGCCUGGGAGGCAGCGAUGUUUGGGGUAAAAUCCAACAUUGCGGCUACAUCUGUGCAAGAGCUAUGUACUUCUGGUUAUCUGACUUACAGGAACACCUAAAGUACAAAACUCCAAGGGAGGAUAUCAUAAAUUCCCUACCGCCAUUAAAAUCAGCAAUUGCUUUUCUGGCCGAUGCCUCGGCAGAAUCGGUAGAAUUUGCCGCGAAAGAUGCAGGCCUUUCCAGUACAUCUAGAAGGGCUUUAUGGAUGAAAGCAUCGUCAGAGGAUAAAGACUCCAAGUCUAAACUAUGUUCUAUUGCCUUCUCAGGGGAGUUCGUGUUUGGUCCAGUAUUGGAUAAGAUACUGGAGAAAAGCGGGUGAAAAAAAGAAAGGGUUUCCGGAGGUAAAAGAAAUAAAAAAAGAGGGCCUUUCGUCAAUUCCCUUCACAAUCUAGACCCUACAGGGGUAAGGGUAAAUUGGGCCACUGGAGUUACUCAAAAGGUGGAAGGGGUGGAGAAUUUAUCCUUAAUCCCCAAAAUAAACAGAACAACAGACAAUGAUGCCAGAGUGGGAGGCAGAUUGAAGAAUUUUCUAAACCAGUGGAAUCGGGUUACUUCAAAUCCAUGGGCAUUAAACAUAGCUCAGGGAUACAGAAUAGAAUUUUCUUCAAUGCCUCCAGAAAGAUUCUCAGUUUCCAUCCACAACAGGGAUAUACAGGAAAAAAUUUGGCAGGGAGUUCAAGGUUUAAUCAAAUCGCGUGUAGUCAUAGAGGUACCUCACUCCGAAAUUGGAAAAGGUUUAUACUCCGGCCUCUUUCUAGUAAAAAAAACAGACAACGGCUUCCUCACAAUAAUAAAUCUAAAACCUUUGAACAGAUCUAUAGUGUACAGGAGAUUCAAGAUGGAGUCAAUCGCCUCCACCGAUUCCAAAGGUUGCCUUUAUGACAUCAGUAGUGAAGCGUACAUAUUAGUCAUCAAAAGUGACAGGUGCCACCCCCUCAUUUAGACUCCGCCCCCAGCUGCCAAAACCCCACUCGUCAACCAACCCCUUUCGUCCUCUUGACAGGUCCCCCUUCACCCCUCCCAAAUCUGAGUAAUGCCUGGACAUGUCUAGAGAGCAGUUCACCAUACCCCUUAAUGUCAGUAUACAAAUUGAUCACAAACAAAAACACUGCAUUUUAAAAAGUUUAUUGAGCAGAUAAACAACGUACAGAAAUUGGAGGCAGUGGCGUCUCUCAGUCUAUUAUCAGCCCAGAUCAACCAGCAGUAAUAUAUUUCAGACUCACAAGAUACUUGUCAAGUUUACACACAACCUCGCGGCAGAUCAUCCAUGAAUCUGUGUAGUUUUUUAUCAUGCAUUUUUUAUGUAUCAUUUUACGGCUAUUGUUUUAUAUUUGUUUUUCAGUGUUUUGUGUAUACAAAAUUGGUUAGCAAAUUUGUAAAAAUGUAUUUUAUUAUCUCGUUAUAUAUAUUUUGCGAGACAGCCUGUGACCCAAUACUAUACAGUUUAACUUUAACUUAAAUUUGAAAUGAAUUUUGUAGAGCUUGAAAUUUGUAUAGUAUAAGGCAUAGAUGUAUUUUCCUGCACUGGGAAUGUAUUGAAACAUAGCGUUUAGCGUUGUUAUUCUAUAUUUCGUAAUCCGCUGUGGUAUUAUCAACUAACUGCACACGUGCUAAUUGUUUUACUUUUGGUAAUAUUUGAAAGUUAACUUGCGAUGUGAGCACUGUAGUAAACCUAUUUUAAUAAAAUAUUCAUUUUUA